CAUGUCAAAUUGGAUUUUGGUUGAUCUAGUUCGCCUGACUCAAGAUUUGAGCCAUUUUCUUACAUAAACGAGAGGUUGUAAUUUAUAAACCAUGGGAUUUGGUGACUAUCCCAAAGAAUAUAACCCUGCAGUGCACGGGCCUUAUGACCCCGCUCGUUUCUAUGGCAAACCUGAUACUCCAUUCGGCCAGGUGAAGCUCAAUGAGCUCGGAUCAUGGUUCGGUCGCAGGAACAAAACUCCCUCUGCUAUGAUGGGAGCAAUGAGCCGAGCCUGGUGGAGGUGGCAACACAAGUAUGUGCAACCUAAAAAGGUUGGAAUGGCUCCAUUCUUCCAACUGAUUGCUGGCAGCAUGGUCUUCUUCUACGCUAUUAACUAUGGCAAAAUCAAGCACCACAGGAACUACAAAUACCACUAAUCCCAUAUUUGCUGCUGUCAACAUUCUAAAUUAUCUGUUUAUGAAUCACAUGCUAUGUAAUUGGAAAUGCAUGUAAUAGGUGUUGAUGUUUAAAUUAAAUAAAUAGUGAGAAUG